AUAUAUAUAUACACGCACAACGCAUGUUGGCUUUUUCUUACCGUACAAGAAAACGAAGGCACCACAGGUCACUGCAACAACCUUGUGGAUAUUCAUUCAAUCAAAAAAAGGAACACGAUGGAGAGCUUUUAUAUUUUCCUACUACUAGCAGCGGGAUUGGCGUUGCCUUGUCUGACUGCAAGCCCAAAUACAUCAUUGCUCUAUCCUUAUGGGAAAACCCAAGGAGACUCAGAAAACCCAGUAGCUGAUGAUGGGAAUUCUCCAGAGAUCUCCAUCAAAAAGCCAUUCUCCUUCUACGGCAAGAAAUACAGCUCCCUUUUUGUAUGUAACACCUGCCAGAUAUAAACCUCGUAUUUUCUU